AGCUCUCACACUUUGCUGGUUGAAGAUCUACCCUGUAAGAUGGGUCAUCCCGCCUAGGGUUCCCAGAGCUCCGAUUAUCAUGUUAGGAGUAUUUCCAGAAGUCCAAUCACAGUCUCACGGAUGUAGGAUGCCGCAGAGUUAAGCUCAAAAUUGCAAGGAGUCAUAACCAAACACCUCAGCGGCUUCUCCAUGGCCUUUCUAUUUAACAAAUUUCAAGAGGCCGUCAAGGUGCUUGCUAGAAGCCCUACAGUUUCAAGAGACCCGAGGCAUUUUCAGUUCCAGUCGGAUAUAAAUCGCCUUUUUCUAUAUACUUGGUAAGCAGGAGACAUUAGUGGACUGUCGAGUUUGAAAUUUAUUCAAAAGUUUGUUCAGCCAUCACCGUCUGGGGAAGGGUGCUGAUGAAAAAGAUGUAGAAGAGAUAAUUGAUAUGGCUAGCAACGCCCCACUAGUUGAUCAGCAAAAGCAGGUUCAAGAAAAUGUUCAUUCUCAAAUUAAAACCUUUUGUACCUGUAUGGAUGAAAUACUAUUGCCUGAUGUAAAGAGCCAUGUUGAGCCUCACUCACCCUCUGAAUGUAGUAGCCCUCCUCGUCGCGGCGGUCUUAGUCUUGCUGUUGGUGGAAGUUCUCCAUUGAAUAAUUGCUCUGCUGUUCCUCAAACCAAGGGUCUAAAGCGUGCCGAGGUUUCUCAGAGCUUGAGGGAGCUAAUUGGCUACACUCUUGAAGUAAAACCUUCUCAAAUUCUUCAUGAAAAUGCUGGCCAAGGUUUAUUUUUGAACGGGGAAGCUGAUCUUGGUGCUGUUAUAGCAUUCUAUCCUGGUGUGGUCUACUAUCCUGCAUAUUACCGUUACAUUCCCGGAUAUCCAAGAGUUGAUGCUCAUAAUCCAUACUUGAUCAGCAGGUAUGAUGGGGCAGUGAUCAACGCAAAGCCUUGGGGUGCUGGUGGUGAAGCUCGUGAAAUGUGGGAUGGGUCACAGACAAUGUCUCCUCCUGUUAAAGAUGAAACUGGGUCUGACCGAAUCUGGGCAAUGCUUAGUAAACCAUUGCAUGCCUCAAGUGGCUCCGGACAUAAAGUAGGCGAAGUGUUGGAGAGGAGAAACCCUUGGGCUUUUGCACAUUUUGCUAAUCACCCAGCAAAGGACAUGGCCCCAAAUGUCAUGAUCUGUUCCUAUGAUUUUCCCCUUAGUGCUGAAAAUGAGGAUUUGCGGCCUUACAUCCCGAAUGUCUCUUUUGGAAAUGAGGUGAAGAUGAAGAAAGUAGGCAGCUUCUGGUUUAAAUCUUGGAAAUCAAGUGGUAGUGGGGCAGAUCUAGCCGCCCCAGUCCUCAAAUCUCUUGUUCUUGUUGCUACUAGACCUAUCUGUGAUGAGGAAGUGCUAUUGAAUUACAGAUUGAGCAACUCAAAAAAGAGAAGGCCUUCUUGGUAUGUUCCGGUUGAUGAGGAAGAGGACGAAAGAAGGUGGAGUUAAGGCAAGUACAAAAAUUUGUCCUAGCAUUGAAAGAUGGGGAUAAAAAACGUGGCAGCAGUGAUGUGUGGGUUUUUUAUGGACGUUUUAUUUAAACUUGAAUGCAUACUAAGAAGCUCUUUGAGGUUGAAUAUUUUUAAAACAUACAGUAUUAACUUUUCGUCAUGGUAAUAAAUACCGUAGAAAUAGCCAAAUAGGGGCUUGGCCGGCACCGGCCCAAAACUAAGGGUUCAGGAGUAAAAGUUAAUUAAUGACCUGAGUUUUUGUAACAAAGUUGUAGCCACUAGCACUAGCUUCUCUAUAUAGUUUGGCUUAGGCUAUGUUUGCGUUGGUGGC